AUGGAGGACUUUCACGGCAGCUUGAUUGAGGAAAUGGAGGAGUGGCUCUCCAGCGAUGAUUUCGACAGUGCCUGGCGUGAGUGCUAUGAACGCGCGUGCAGAGGCUCCACGGGCAGAUCAGAUCGGAACAUCUCUGAGUCGGUGCUUUACCAGACGGCGGCCGCUGUGCAUAACCACAUGCCUCAUGGGCCGCUGGAAAGAAUGCUGCCUGUACCGGACGCCGAGUUUAUCCAGACUGCUCUGGCGAGCAUCGGCUUGGAAGAUCCGCGUCGGGCUGGCCUCAAGGACUUGGAGCAUUUCGAGGCGGCUUUGGUCGUCGUCUUUACGCACCUGGCUCACUGCGCCUCCUUGCUGGAGAAGCAGAUGCCAGGAAUGGCUGACUGCAUCCUGACGGGCAAGAUCGACCCACGGGCAUAG